UCAUGCCACCCAAGAAGGCUGUCAAGGAAGAAAAGGCUUUACUCGGUCGUCCCUCAAACAACUUGAAGAUUGGUGUUGUUGGUCUUCCUAAUGUAGGAAAGUCCACUUUCUUUAACGCCCUUACCAAUGCUUCUGCUGCUGCCGAGAACUAUCCUUUCUGUACCAUUGACCCUGAAGAAUCUCGUGUUGCUGUUCCCGAUGAACGUUUCGAUUGGUUAUGCCAACACUACAAGCCUGCUAAAGAAAUUCCUGCUUUCUUGACUGUGAUUGAUAUUGCUGGUCUUGUCAAGGGUGCUGCUUCCGGUGCUGGUUUGGGUAACGCUUUCUUGUCUCACAUCAAGGCUGUCGAUGCUAUUUUCCACGUUGUCCGUGCUUUUGAUGAAGCUGAUGUGAUUCACGUUGAAGGUGAAUUAGAUCCUGUGCGUGAUUUAGACAUUAUUCGUGAAGAAUUGCGUUUGAAGGAUGAAGAAUUCCUCGCCAAACAAUCCACUGAACUCAACACUGCUGUUCGUCGUUUGGGUAAUGGUGGUAAUGCUCAAGACAAAGCCAAGAAGGAAGAAGCAGCUAUUGUAACCAAGGUUUACGAAUACGUUCAAAGUGGUAAAGAUGUGCGUCACGGUACUUGGAGCAACAAGGAAAUUGAAGUCAUCAACGGUCUUCAUUUGAUCACUGCUAAGCCUGUCAUUUACCUUGCCAACUUGAGUGAAAAGGAUUUCCUUCGUAAGAAGAACAAGUGGCUUCCCAAGAUCAAGGGUUGGAUCGAUACUAACUCUCCUGGUGAUAUCAUGAUUCCUUACUCUGGUGCUUAUGAAUACCGUCUUUCUCUUGCUGAACCUGAAGAAAAGGAAGCCAUUCAAAAGGAACUUUCUGCUCCUUCUGUGUUGCCCAAGAUCAUUGUUCAAGGUUAUGCUGCUCUUCAAUUGAUCUAUUACUUUACAGGUGGUCCUGAUGAAGUCAGAGCAUGGACUGUUCGUAAGAACACCAAGGCUCCUGGUGCUGCUGGUGUCAUUCACUCUGAUUUUGAAAGAGGUUUCAUUAUGGCUGAAGUGAUGAAGUAUGAUGCUUUGAAGGAAUUGGGUUCCGAAAGUGCUGUUAAGGCUGCUGGUAAAUACAUGCAAAAGGGUAAAGACUAUGUUGUUGAAGAUGGUGAUAUCAUCUACUUCAAGUUCAACGUUACUGCUCCUGCUAGCAAGAAGAAGUAGACUCAUUUUUUACAUAUACAUAAAUCGAUUUUGUUACAUAUCCCUUCUAAAAA